AUGCUUAUUAAAGAAUAUCGUAUUCCAGUUCCAAUGACCGUCGAUGAAUAUCGAAUUGCUCAGUUGUAUAUGAUUGUGAAAAAAAGUCGAGAAGAAACAAAUGCACCUGGUAGUGGUGUUGAAAUCAUUAAAAAUGAACCGUAUACAAAUGGACCAGGUGGUAAUGGACAAUAUACAUUUAAAAUUUAUCAUAUUGAACGUCAUUUACCAGCUUGGUUUAAAGCAAUAUUACCCGCGAGUGCAAUGAAAAUCGAAGAAGAAGCCUGGAAUGCAUAUCCAUAUACAAAAACACGUUAUCGUUGUCCAUUUAUAGAACGUUUUAUACUUGAAGUUGAAACAUGUUAUCAAGCAGAUUUUGGUACACAAGAAAAUAUCUUUAAUUUAAAACCACAAGAAAUCGAUCAACGUGUUGUUGAAUUUCUUGAUAUUGUUCAAAGUCAACCAUUAUCGGACAUACCUGCAGAAAAUCCAGCAAUAUUUCAUUCGGAAAAAACAGGACGAGGUCCAUUAUCACCUGAUUGGUUUGAACAAAUGAAAAAAGCUGCUCGUAAAGAUUCAAUCAUGUGUGCUUAUAAAUUAUGUCGAGUUGAAUUUCGUUAUUGGGGUAUGCAAAGUAAAUGUGAACGUUUUAUUCAUGAAAUAGCUUUACGUAAAACAAUCUUACGAGCUCAUCGUCAAGCAUGGUGUUGGCAAGAUGAAUAUCAAGGUUUAACACUAGCUGAUAUUCGACGUUUAGAAGAUGAAACUCAACGUGAAUUAAAUAGACGUAUGGCACAAUUUCAAAAUCAAGAGAAUCGUUUGUCAACAGCGAAUUCGAAUUCGGAAAAUGAAAAUGAAAAUAAUGAAAUAACAACAUCUUUAACAACUAAUGAACUCAAUCCUCCAUUAUCCGUUAAACGAAGUCGACAAACUUCUAUUGAUAAUUUAAAUGCUAAUCGUCCAAGAAUUAAUUCAUUUCCUGUUCCGCCAUUACCACGAGAUGAAACUCCUGAUGAUGAAUAUUUUGAUGCUGAAUCUCAUAUUGAAGGUGUAUCAGCAUCUCGUUCAUUAAGAAAUCUUAAACAUUCAAUAGAAGAAGAAGGAAAAUUACCAAGUAUUGAUGAUGAUGAACGAACAUAUGUUAGUUUAUCAGGCGAUGAUAGUAAUAAUAAAUGUCAAAUUCAAUAUCUUAUUCUUAUUUUCUAUGGUGGUAAUAUUUUUUCUACAGAAGAUUCAUUUGAUAGCGCAAAAAAAACGGAUUUUCUAAGUUUUCGUUCAACAAUUGAUACUGUUAUACGAAAUCAUUAUCCACGUAUUGAAGGAAAAUUAGCCAUACGUUUUGUUGAAUGUCGUUCAAUAUGUAUUGAAGCUAUUAAUUUACUUAGUAGUUUAUCACCUUAUGGAACUGCAGAUACAUCACGUGAUAUAACACAUAGUGAAACAUUACCAAUAAAUGCCAUACCAUUAUUUGCUACAUCACAUCCGAAUUAUCAAACUGUAUUAACUAAUUCUGUUGCAUCAGCAAAUAAAGUUUAUCAAGAAUUUAUAUCGUCAAAAGAAGGAAAAUAUUUUUCUGGACAAGUUAUUAUCAUUGGGGAUGCUAAUGGAGCGAUAUUAGCUUAUGAUGCUUUAUGUUUAAAUCAAGGUUUAGAGGAUACGACGUCAUUAUAUGGUGAUGAGGGUUCUACACCUCGUACUCCUGCAUUAUCUAAACGAACUAUGACAAAUACUCAACAUGACAAUAGUGAUACAACAUCAAUACAAUCAACAAAUCGACAAACUCCUAAACGUACAAUGACAAUUGAUAAUCCUGAAACGAGUGAUAGCGUAUCACGUACGGGUGAUAAUACUCGUUUAAGACAAGAAAAUUAUGGUUUGAUGUUAGCAUUUGAUGUUAAUGAAUUUUUCUCAUUUGGCUCUCCACUUUCACUUGUCCUUGCCUACCGAAAACUACUUACUGAUAAUGUUGUUCAUCCAUGUUGUGGACAAUUGUACAAUUUAUUUCAUGCAUGUGAUCCAAAUGCAUCUCGUAUUGAACCAUUAAUACAAUCUGAAUUUAGCCAGAUACAUCCUUGUUGCAUUCCUCGUUAUUCACAAUUUCCAUUAGGUGAUGGAGAAUCGACAUUACUCGUCGAAUAUGUUCAUCAAUAUUCAAAAUUAUUUUUAAAAAAUGAACCAAAAAAUUCAUCGUUGAUUAAUUCAGCUCGACCAGCAAAUGGAAAUAAUUCAAUUAAUACUGAUACGAUUUUUUCUAAUAUUCGACAAAUUUGGUGGGGAUCAAGACGUAUUGAUUAUAUUCUUUAUUGUCCAGAAUUUUUAAUGAGUCAACCAACACAUGUUUUGCCAAUUGUCUUCCAUUCAAGUUAUUGGGAAUCUCGAGAUGUUAUGGCAUUUAUUUUACGAAAAAUUACACGUAAUCAAGAAGAUUAUCGUUUUUAUAGUACACAAACAAGUACGGCUCACCCAUCAUUUGCUCCUGAACAAGCAACUGAACGUUGGUUACAUCGUACAACUGCUGUUAAAAUUCGAAAUUUAGCUCCAAAUCAUCGAGGUAAUGAUACUAUGGUUGUUGAUGCAAAACCACAAAUAGUUCAUGCAAAAUUUCAUUAUGGACCUAUUGAUAUGGUCUCUUUAGCAAAUGAAAAAAUUAAUAUAUAUGUUAUGAGAUCCGCUCCCUAUGGUGAAUGGACAUUACUUGAUACAGUUGAAACAGAUACACAUGGUCGUGUACGAUAUACAAUUCCAGUAGAUAAAAAAUUACCAUUAGGAUUACAUCCUGUCAAACUUGUUGUUCGUGGUGAUCACACAACAGUUGAUCUGUUUUUAACAGUAUUACCACCGAAAAGUGAAGCAGUUAUAUUUAGUAUUGAUGGUUCAUUUACAUCGAGCUUCUCUGUUAGUCAUCAUGAUCCAAAAGUACGACCAGGUGCGGUUGAUGUUGUUAGAUAUUGGCAAGAACUUGGAUAUAUAAUUAUAUAUGUAACUGCACGUCCUGAUAUACAACAACGUCGAGUAGUUCAUUGGCUUGCUCAACAUAAUUUUCCACAUGGUAUGACAUUAUUUAAUGAUGGUAUAUCUCGUGAACCAAUUAAACAUAAAUCUGAAAUGGUACGAAAUGUUGUUGAAAAUGCUGAUUUAGUGAUUGCAGCUGCAUAUGGUUCAUCGAAAGAUGUUGCAGGUUAUCAAUUAAUUCAUGUACCUGCUGAGCGAAUAUUUGUUGUUGGAAAAUUUAAAACUCGUUUUCAAGGACAAGCACGUUUUAUUACAGAUGGCUAUGCAAUACAUCUAGCUGAACUAUCCAAACCUGGUGUUGUACGUCCGUCAAAAUCAAAUUCUCGACAUUUAAUACGUCGAGCUUGUUUUAAUCUACCAAAAUUAUCAUCAAUAACAACUGCUCAAUCAUCAACAUCUGUUAAUCCUUCAAAUCAGCCUAGUUCACCAACAUCUCAAUCAACUAUAUCCACAUCCAUGGAUGCAUCUCAUUCAGUACCUCUAACAAAUCGUAAAACAAUUUUACAUGACCAAUUAGGUUUUAAUAGUUCUCAAUCAAAAGAAGCACCAUCAAGAGGAAUAUCACCUCGUAUUAAUCGUAAUGCAGUCACAAGCAAUAUUUAUAAUCCAUCAUCAAUUGAAAAACUUUAA